UAAAAGAGAGUAGAUGUGUGUGGAUGGGCCCGCAUAGAAAAUUAUCAAGGCCGUGAAGUUUAUUGUUGAGGUUGAUAAAUCACUAGUACAGCGAAAUUGCCUUAAUUUCAAAUAUGCCCCUAUAUUAUUCAUAAUUUGCAUUGCUUAGGCGCUGAGAGGACCUGGUGAAAAGUUAUUUAAUAAUAAUAUUAACAAAUAACAAUAACAAUACCAGAAUAACCUAGAAAUUUCCAUACACAUCUUUGGGUCCAUAUUUUCUCUCCAUUAUUUCCUUCUUCGAUCUUCAUAUUCAAUUUUCGUACUACGUAGUUUUGUUCAACUGGCAAUUGGUUUUGAAAGAUUUGAGGGAAAUUGGAGAUGGAAAGUGGGUUUGGAGAAUCAACAAGUGUACCACCUCAAAGCCCUUCAUGCUCGGGAAAUGGAGCCAAUGAUGCUGGUGAUUUUGAAUGCAAUAUUUGCUUUGAAUUAGCUCAAGACCCUAUUGUUACUCUUUGUGGUCACCUCUUUUGUUGGCCUUGUCUAUACAAAUGGCUUCAUCAUCACUCACAAUCACAAGAAUGCCCUGUUUGUAAGGCUCUUAUUCAAGAGGAGAAGUUGGUUCCCCUCUAUGGCCGUGGCAAAACUCAGUCCGACCCAAGAUCAAAAUCUUAUUCGGGUAUGGAUAUUCCUCAUCGCCCCACCGGCCAGAGACCUCCAACAGCUCCUCCGCCAGAUGCAAAUCAAUUUACAAAUAAUGGGUUUGGAUUUAUGGGAGGGUUUGUCCCCACGGCAACUGCAAGAAUGGGAAACUUCACUUUGGCUACUGCCUUUGGUGGAUUAAUACCAUCAUUGUUUAACAUACACUUUCAUGGUUUCCCUGAUGCUACUGUUUAUGGCACAACUUCUGGUUUUCCUUAUGGAUUCCAUUCCUUUUAUGGUGGUCAUGCUCAUCAUGGCUUUCCCCAGCCAGCUAAUCGGGGUUCGAAUGCCGAUAAUGUCUUGAAGAACCUUCUUAUGGUGGUUGGAGUAUUUGUGAUCCUUGCACUGAUUUGUUGGUGAUGGUGAAGAAGGCCACAUUCUGCUUUGUAGAGAACUCAAAAAAAGACUCAAAAUCCAUUGCAAUAUGGUACUUAGAAUUCCCCAAUUUUCUACAUGUAAAUACAUUAGCUUUGUGGUUAAUCUUCUAUGCCUCCCAAUCUUUUUCAAUGUUGAUUUUUCUUGUUGCCAAUUGUGUUAUGAGUAUAUGCAAGACACCUAAUGUUUUCCUAAUAUAUGUUUUUCAAAAUUUCAAUCUUUUUUGCACCCAAA